GCCGUCUCUCUCUCUAUCUCUCUCCCAUUAUCUCUCUCUCAAUCUCUCCCGUCUCUCUCCCUAAAAUCUUCCUUUUCAAGGAAAAUGACUGUUUUAAGAUCUCGUGAAGUAGUUGUAUCCUCUUCAAUUAAGCCUCACUCUCCAAGAAAACCCACUUCUUCAAUGGAACCAAUCACUCCAUCAUCAGCAAAAUCCAUCGAUUCUUCUCAUGAUCCCAAACCACCUCUCAACUCGUCGGGAGAUCUCAAUCUAGGGUUAACUCUUACACCUCCCAGAAACUCCAUCAGACGAAGCCCUAGACUUGCCGCAUCUUCCAAUUCCAUCAAUGAUCUCUCCACCAAUCGGAAAAGGAAACGCCUCCCUUCUCAAUCAGGUAAAGACGCCUAUAUCGUUGUCGACGGUCUUCAGAUGAACGUCGUACAGACGGAGAAUGGUAUUACUGGGGAAAUUGGCGACGAUGAGAAAGAAAUUGAUGUUGCAGAAGGAGAAUCGGAUGCAAAAUUGGGUUUAAAAGAAUUGGAUGGUGAUGGUAGUAGUACUACUCAUGUUGAAACUAGGAAGAGAUUCAGCAGCCGUGAGAAGGGUAAAGGAAAAAUGGUAGAUUUGGGUUCAGGUAAUUUUGGUACUGAUGUAGAGAAACAGGGUGUAGAUAGUGAACUUGGUAUAGGUAUAGAUAGAAACACUGACCCUAUUAUCCAAGAUCAGCCACCAUCUCAUCUGGCUGAUCAUAAAUCAGUGAAGUCACCCGAUAAAGAAAUGCUUGUUUUAGGGAUUGGAGCAGGUAAUGAAAUUGUUAGGAAACAGAGGGGUUAUAGAGAAGCUUUUCGAGUUGUUGCCAAGAAAAAUGCACAACGGUUUGCUCUAUUUUCAUCAGAAGAGGGACAUGUAAAUGCUGAUGAUGCAAGUGUAGUUGCAACAGGCAAAAAUGAUAAGGAGAAAGAAGAUUGGCCUGGUCCUUUCUCAACUGCUAUGAAGAUUAUUAAGGACCGGGAAGCGAAUGCCAAUCUUCCACGGAAGGAUAUCAAUUUACAGAAAAAUGAUAUUGCAUGGAUUCCAAAGAAAGAUCAGAAUUGUGGUGGCAUUAAAGGGCCAGUCCCGUCGCUGCAAGAGAUAUGCACACGUAUCCUUGCCAAAAAUGCAAGCUCCAUUACAUCGCUUGAAGGCGUUCCUGAUGUACUAAGACACAACCUCGGUCAUUUGCUUACUGAUUCAAGGGCGAUGGAUGCUCAUUAUCUAGAACUUCUGACCCGUGGAUCUCCAACGGAGAUACGAGUAAAGGACUGCUCAUGGUUAACAGAGGAAGAAUUUAUUAGGGUUUUUGAAGGGUGCAACACAAGUUCCUUAAAUGUACUGCAACUUGACCAAUGUGGACGCUGUUUGACAGAUUACAAUCUGCCUUCCCUUUUUGGACAAACGUCUAAGAGUCUUCCUGCACUAUCAGCUAUGUCAUUGAAGGGUGCAUGCCGAUUGUCAGAUGCUGGGUUAGGUGCACUUGUUUCUGCUACGCCUGAAUUAAGAUCCAUAAAUCUGAGUCAGUGUUCUCUUCUUACCUGUGAUAGUAUCUUCAGUUUAGCUGAAUCUGUCCAAGGUCUGAGAGAAUUGUAUCUGGAUGAUUGCGAAACCAUUGAUACUACCCUUAUUCUACCUGCACUAUUGAACCUAGACCAUUUGGAAGUGCUGUCUCUAGCUGCAAUGCCACGUGUGUCUGAUGAUUUCAUCAGUGAUUUUAUAACUGUACGUGGACCAAAUAUCAAGGAGCUUACACUAAGUAAUUGCCUGCAAUUGACUGAUUCUUCUAUUAAAGUUAUUGGAGAAAAUUGUCCAGGUUUACUCUCCCUAGAUCUUGUUAACUUGCGGAAGUUGACUGAUAGUUCAAUUGGGUAUCUUGCAAAUGGCUGCCGGACAAUUCAAACACUAAAACUUUGCCGGAACUCAUUCAGUGAUGAAGGUAUUGCUGCAUAUCUAGAAGCAUCUGGAAGGUCUCUGACAGAAUUGUCGCUCAAUAACAUUAAUCAGGUUGGUAAGAGCACAGCUAUAUCAGUUGCGAAAUGUUGUAGAGAGUUAGUUAGCCUAGAUUUGUCUUGGUGCCGUAAAAUGGCAGAUGAGGCUGUUGGAUUGAUAGUAGAUAGCUGCUUAUCAUUGAAAGUGCUCAGAUUGUUUGGAUGCACCCAGAUAUCAGAUGUGUUUGUGAAUGGACACUCGAAUAGAGAAUUGCAAAUAAUCGGAUUGAAUAUGAUGCCUGUAUUGAAGCAUAUUAAUUUGCCCAAUACUUCGGAAGGAGCUUUGCGAUAUUGAUUGAUGGUGAGGAUGCUCUCGACAUUAAAACAAAGGUUAUUAUAUUUAGGAAACUGACUGAUCAGAGUCUCAAAAGAAAACACAUGCUUUUGUUAUUAUACCAUUGCUGCAAAAUUAAUGUAGAAAGUGGAAUCUCUUUAUCUUUUUUCUAGGUUUUCUUCAUAGUAGAUAGUUAUACAACUAACUCAGGAAGGAAAGUCUGGUUUUUUACCAAUAAUACUUUUAUUGGGUCAAAUCAAAACUAUUAUAGUUAGUAUAUUUGGAACUUUGGAUGAAGGCUUUUCCAUUCCAUUUCUAUAAAAUG